GCGCUCCAGGGGGAGCCCGCGGGCCUAGCGGAUACGUUUCCGUAAGGCAGCCCUCAGGGAGGACUUGGUUCCAACACCUGCUGGGCCGCGAUCUGCCGGGGGACCUACCGCUUUGUGCCCCCAAAACCACGCCGAGGCCAGACAACCCUCGGCCUCAGCGGCGCGCCGGAGUGAAGCCGGACCGGGACCCUGCUGGCCUAGGAAGGACUGGCUGCCGGGCCUCCGAGGCUCCGGCGCUGAAACGACGACCCACCUGCCUGCCAGCUAGCCCGGGCCAAGGCUGCGGCCGUCCCCUCCCGCCCGGCUCCACGUAAAACCCGGAGCGGAGAUUGUUCCCCCGCUCCCUAGAGGCGGCGCGGCGCGGCGGACUGGGCAUGCGCAAUGCGCAGGGCCGGUUCCCAGCGCCAAAAGGAAGCGUUCGCCGAGAUCGCAGCGGCUGCGCCGGGGAAUGCGGAACGGGCUCGUGUGGCUGCUGCACCCCGCGCUGCCCAGCACCUUGCGCUCCAUCCUCAGCGCCCGCCCGCCACCCGCGAAGCGACUGUGUGGAUUCCCAAAACAGACUUAUAGCACAAUGAGUAAUCCCGCCAUCCAGAGAAUAGAAGACCAAAUUGUCAAGUCUCCUGAAGACAAACGGGAAUAUCGUGGACUGGAGCUGGCCAAUGGCAUCAAAGUGCUUCUCAUCAGUGAUCCCACCACGGACAAGUCAUCAGCGGCACUCGAUGUGCACAUAGGUUCACUGUCAGACCCUCCAAAUAUUCCUGGCUUAAGUCAUUUUUGUGAACAUAUGCUGUUUUUGGGAACCAAGAAAUAUCCUAAAGAAAAUGAAUACAGCCAGUUUCUCAGUGAACAUGCUGGAAGUUCAAAUGCAUUUACUAGUGGAGAACACACCAAUUAUUAUUUCGAUGUUUCCCAUGAACACUUGGAAGGAGCCCUGGACAGGUUUGCCCAGUUUUUCCUGUGCCCCCUGUUUGAUGCCAGUUGUAAAGACAGAGAGGUGAAUGCCGUCGACUCAGAGCAUGAGAAGAACGUGAUGAACGAUGCCUGGAGACUCUUCCAGCUGGAGAAAGCUACGGGGAAUCCCAAACACCCCUUCAGCAAAUUCGGGACAGGAAACAAAUAUACUCUAGAGACUCGGCCCAACCAAGAAGGCAUUGAUGUAAGGGAAGAACUCCUGAAAUUUCACUCCACGUAUUAUUCCUCAAAUCUGAUGGCAAUUUGUGUUUUAGGUAGAGAAUCUUUAGAUGACCUGACUAAUCUGGUGGUGAAGUUGUUCUCUGAAGUGGAGAAUAAAAACGUCCCUUUACCUGCGUUUCCUGAGCACCCUUUCCAAGAAGAGCAUCUUAAACAACUUUAUAAAAUAGUACCCAUUAAGGACAUUAGGAAUCUGUACGUGACGUUUCCCAUACCAGACCUCCAGCAGUACUACAAGUCCAACCCUGGUCAUUACCUUGGUCAUCUGAUUGGGCAUGAAGGGCCUGGAAGCCUGUUGUCAGAACUCAAGUCAAAGGGCUGGGUAAAUACCCUGGUUGGUGGACAGAAGGAAGGAGCCCGAGGUUUUAUGUUUUUUAUCAUUAAUGUGGACUUAACUGAAGAAGGGUUAUUACAUGUUGAAGAUAUAAUUUUGCACAUGUUUCAAUACAUUCAGAAGCUACGUGCAGAAGGACCUCAAGAAUGGGUUUUCCAAGAGUGCAAGGACUUGAAUGCUGUUGCUUUCAGGUUUAAAGAUAAAGAGAGACCACGAGGCUAUACAUCUAAGAUCGCAGGAAAGUUGCACUAUUAUCCCCUAAAUGGAGUGCUCACAGCUGAAUAUUUAUUGGAAGAAUUUAGACCUGACUUGAUAGACAUGGUUCUUGAUAAACUCAGACCAGAAAAUGUCCGGGUGGCAAUAGUUUCCAAAUCAUUUGAAGGGAAAACUGACCGCACAGAGCAGUGGUAUGGAACACAGUACAAGCAAGAAGCUAUCCCAGAGGACGUCAUUCAGAAAUGGCAAAAUGCUGACCUGAAUGGGAAAUUUAAACUUCCAACAAAGAAUGAAUUUAUUCCUACAAAUUUUGAGAUUUUGUCAUUAGAAAAAGAUGCAACACCGUACCCUGCUCUUAUUAAGGAUACAGCCAUGAGUAAGCUUUGGUUCAAACAAGAUGAUAAAUUUUUCUUGCCGAAAGCUUGUCUCAACUUUGAAUUUUUCAGCCCGUUUGCUUAUGUGGACCCCUUGCACUGUAACAUGGCCUAUUUGUACCUUGAGCUCCUCAAAGACUCACUCAACGAGUAUGCAUAUGCAGCAGAGCUAGCAGGCCUGGGCUAUGACCUCCAAAAUACCAUCUAUGGGAUGUAUCUCUCAGUGAAAGGUUACAAUGACAAACAACCAAUUUUGCUAAAGAAGAUCACAGAGAAAAUGGCUACUUUUGAAAUUGAUAAAAAAAGAUUUGAAAUUAUCAAAGAGGCGUAUAUGCGAUCUCUCAAUAACUUCCGGGCCGAGCAGCCUCACCAGCAUGCCAUGUACUACCUCCGCCUGCUGAUGACCGAAGUGGCCUGGACCAAAGAUGAGUUAAAAGAAGCCCUCGAUGAUGUUACCCUCCCCCAACUUAAGGCCUUCAUACCUCAGCUACUGUCACGGAUGCACAUUGAAGCACUUCUCCAUGGAAACAUAACAAAGCAGGCUGCAUUAGGAGUUAUGCAGAUGGUAGAAGACACGCUUAUUGAGCAUGCUCACACCAAACCUCUCCUUCCAAGUCAGCUAGUCCGGUACAGAGAAGUUCAGCUCCCAGACCGAGGAUGGUUUGUUUAUCAGCAGAGGAAUGAGGUUCACAACAACUGUGGCAUCGAGAUCUACUACCAGACGGACAUGCAGAGCACCUCGGAGAACAUGUUCCUGGAGCUCUUCUGCCAGAUUAUCUCCGAGCCCUGCUUCAACACCCUGCGCACCAAGGAGCAGCUGGGCUACAUUGUCUUCAGUGGACCCCGUCGAGCCAAUGGCAUCCAGGGCUUGCGAUUCAUCAUCCAGUCAGAAAAACCACCUCACUACCUGGAAAGCAGAGUGGAAGCCUUCUUGCUCACCAUGGAAAAGGCCAUAGAGGACAUGACAGAGGAGGCGUUCCAAAAACACAUUCAAGCAUUAGCGAUUCGCCGACUCGACAAACCAAAGAAACUCUCUGCAGAGUGUGCUAAAUACUGGGGGGAAAUCAUCUCACAGCAGUACAAUUAUGACAGAGAUAACAUAGAAGUUGCAUAUUUAAAGACACUUACCAAGGACGAUAUCAUCAAAUUCUACAAGGAAAUGUUGGCUGUGGAUGCACCAAGGAGACAUAAAGUAUCCGUCCAUGUUCUUGCCAGGGAAAUGGAUUCUUGUCCUGUGGUUGGAGAGUUUCCCUCUCAGAAUGAUAUAAACUUGUCUGAAGCACCACCCUUGCCACAACCUGAAGUGAUUCAUAACAUGACUGAGUUCAAGCGUGGCCUGCCGCUGUUUCCCCUGGUGAAACCACAUAUUAACUUCAUGGCUGCGAAACUCUGAAGAGAGGAGAUGCGUUCCUGUGUCUGCCAGGGCCUGGGAAAGCAGUCUCAACUUGGAGUAGUUUCUGGCUUGCUAUUAGAGAGACAAACAGAACAGAGUUAUCAGGCAUUAUUAUGUAGAAAUGUUAAAAACCCAAAGUAAUAAAAUUAUAAAAUCUUAUAGAUGUAGAAUAUUUUUAAAAUCUCUUAAAUAUCUUAAUUUUUUUCCUUUAUAUUCCUUAUAUAAAGAAAUGCCCUUAUAUUAACUGCUUAAUCUGAAGAAAGAUAUCCCAAUACAAUCUUUCUUCUUUAUUCUGUAAAAUAGUCACUUAUCUGGAAAAAAAAAAAAAAGAGCUUUUUUUCUUAAAGGCUUCAAAACAUUUAGAAAGGAUUACCUUUUUAAGAACCUAUCCUCAGAUCUGCUUUCUAUGUGAUGGUUUCCUGUAAACCAACAGGAAACACUAUGUUUAGCAGAUAAUGCACAAAGCAAUGCCAUGUUCCUUUAUUAGUGAACUUGCUGAUUAACUAAGGCAUGGUUUUAAAUGUUUUUAUAAAAUUUGGGUGUCUUUUUUAAAUCUUCUUAGUCAAAUGCUGGAAACCCCAGAAUACCCAACUUUCAGUGCUAGAAACGCAGAUUAACCUUACACCAAGUUCGGAAUUUCUCAGGAUUCCCAUGGGUCCUCUCUCAUCGAAUUCUGUUGACAUUUCUGUUUUUCGUAGUUGGUUUGCUGUGCUCUGUCAGCAGAAGCCGACACUGUACUGCUGACUAGCUUGAGACAUGCUGUGCUAACGCCAGCUGCUGUAACUCCCCAGAAUUCCUAGGGUUGAAGUUGUGAUCAGUGUGUGAACUUAAACAUUUGCCCCUUUAGGGACUUAAAAAGCAGCAGAUACAAAGCCACCUCUGUGGAGAUAUAAAAUGAUUGCAUUCUGAAACAGCCAGUCUCCCCAGACUCCAAACUCCCUGCUGCUCCCAGUCUCAUCUUGCCUUAAGUGUUAUUUUUUUGAAUAUAUGAAUAUAAACAUACAGAUGAUGACUGGAGUGAACUUUUAAAAAAAUAUUUUUUUCACAAGAUACUAUUUUAGGUGGAAAUGUUACUGUAGAUUUAACAGCUGUUUUAAAGUAUUUGCUAUUAUUAAAACUUGCUUCAAGAACAAGCGUGGCUGUGUUUCCACACACAGGCAAUGUAACAGAAAGUGCUCCUGUUUGUCCACCAGCUCAGGCAAAGUACAGAAUGGUGUUUCCAAGUGACAUUUUCCUGCCCCAUAUUACUUGAUUUGCCAGGAUUUUCUGCUGUAGAAUCUCGGCUUUUCACAGCUUAAGUUUCACGUUUUCCAAAUACGGUGAACUUGGGCGGCUCUGGAGGCCGUUCUCCCCGUGGUGCUGCAACCGACCGUCUUUUAUCCACAUGUUCUAAGAGUCUCCCGGUGAGAAGCCUGUCUUUGUCCAUCCCAUCAGAAGAUGUGAGUCAACACUGCCUUCUCCUCUGCGAAAUUGGCCAAGCAGCCAAGUUGACUUUGAACUCCUUGAUCCUCUUGCCUCCACCUCUCAAGUGCCGGGAUUAGGCGUGCGCCACCCCGCCCAGUGUGACUAUGCAGCUUUUCAUCAAACUGCAAAAUAUAUACAAGAUGAAUCUAAACUUAGUUCUGAGUGUUUGAAUCCAUCAUUGUAAAAACAAACAACAGUCUGCUACCUUUUCUGUAAAUGAUCACAUGCCGUUGAGUAACUUAGCUCUUUUAAAAAAAAAUGGGUACGGUUAAAAGUUUGUUGUCUGUAUGAGAAAAGGCACCUGAAGAGAUUGGAAACAAUCCCAUGUCGUCUUCCAUGAAUCUGCACGUGGUGUUCAGUGUGUUCCAGAGCUCCCGUGUGUCACUUGGCAUCCCAACCGGUUCAUCUCCGUGGGUCCAGGGUGUGGUCCGUGAACAGUAACAUGCUAUCCAGAGACUUUGUGUACUCGAGCUUCGCAAGGGAGGUUUGUGAAAAAGUCAUGAGUUGCCAGAGACUUAAAGUCUUUUUAAUCAGUCAGUGUGAAAGAGCAUGUGACAUUGCCAGUGUGGCGGGCUCCUAGGGUUUUCCUGUUUACAAUAAAUCUGACCUGGAACUCUG